AUGCUGACUGCACUCGGAAAGUUUCCAGUUGCAAAGUUUGCUCUGCGGCUGCCUGGGGUGAAGGAAGCCUGGGCACCCUCCCGCACUGGGACCUGCUGCACGCAUCCCGACUCCUCCAGGCUGGGCCUGUGCCUGCAGAGCUUUGUGAUCAUCCCCCAGCACAAAAAAGUCGUGGCUGGGCCCCAAGAGAACAAGUCAGCUGGGAAGAUGUGGAAGGUUUCAGUCCUGCUCUUCGUUUUGGGAAGCGCAUCGCUGUGGGUCCUGGCAGAAGGAGCCAGCACAGCCCGUCCAGAAGAUGACAUUGUGACCACAGGAGCAGAAGACCGCGUGGCAACCCCACGAGUAGAAGAUGUCAUGGUGACCCCAGGAGCUAAUGAAAAUCCCCAUGAGUCUGCUGGCCUGACAGCUGUCGUGCCAACAAGUGCAAAGAGGUUCAAGGAUCUACUAACCCCAGAAAGCACAGUCUCUGCCCAAGAAGAAAGCCAGAGCACCACCACCCCAAAUGUGGCAACUAGUCGCUCCAUGGAGAAAGUGGGUGGAGAGACACAGCCAACAAUUGAGAAAGAUGGUUUGGCCACAGUGACCCUAGUUGGAAUCAUAGUUGGGGUCUUACUAGCCAUUGGCUUCAUUGGUGGUAUCAUCUUUGUGGUUGCUCGAAAAAUGUCGGGAAGGUACUCGCCCUAGAGAGCUGGACGACUGUGCCCUUCUGACAACAUGUUUAAAAAAGAGUUUCUGACUCCCCUGUCCCUGAGCUUGUGGGAGAAAGUGACCCAUGGAACUCUUGCCAUCCCACUCAAAAUCCAUGGUGAUUCCCUCCACUUGCCAAAAGUACUGAAGGAAAGAUAACUCAUGAGAUCACUUGGCUCCUCUAAGCAUUUGCCUUUUGAAAAUUCUUUAAAAUAUAAUUUUUUUUUUUUGGUGGCUGGCCAGUACAGGGAACUGAACUCUUGACUUUCGUCUUACAAGGUUGUGCUCUAACCAACUGAGCUAACUGGCCAGUCCUAAAAUGUAAAUUUUAUGAGAGAUGAUUUAAAAGACAAAAUGCAUAGAAAACGGAGCAAAGCUACGUCAACUGACUUGUAACUAAGACACUAUCAUUUAAUCAAUGUUCGAAACUAAGCAUGUCUUUGUUCUGACCAUUCUCUGUUAUUGUUAAAAUGCAAAGGAAUCUGGAAAUAUUUAUAUCAAUGGAGUCCUUGGAUCUUGUGCUGUGUCAGUAAAUGACACAAAAACUUUGCAUUUGCUGAUCUGUUGAAAUGUACACAUUCCAGUCUAGUUUGGUCUAUUUUUUAAAGCCUGUUUUGGUGUGAAUAAUCAAGUAGAAAAUUUAAACUUGGAUAAUAUGUGAUGAGGAACUGCCUUUAGCUCCAGAUAAAUCAUUUCAAAGGAAUUCAUUCUAGAUCAUAAACAGGAAGUCCAUACUUUGGAGUAGGCACUUUGCUUCUUACAAGGAUGCCCAGCAGCCUCUAGGCUUGCUUUACCUAAAGCCUUCUGCAUCGAUGACUUCAUAACUCAGAGGUUUGCUUCUACCUGUCUCUCUGCUUCCCUCAGAUGACAGGGAGCUAGGAUUAAGGGGGCGGCUGUCUCUCUUCUCAGUGAUGAAAGUCCUUCACAUUGCCUGCUUUGUUCUGGAAUAUGGAGAUCUCAGCCCUGGAUGCCGAGGAAACUGCUGGAUGCACAGUGAUCUACAGACUCACGUGUUCCAGAACUAUGCUGGUCCCCAAGCAGAAAGAAACUAUGUGAGCCUCUGGCAUGAGAAAUAGAACCUGCCUGUUUUCUAACAUUUGCUUUCUGCUUCAGAGGAAAGAUAUGAGGAGCAAAAAUAAUCCUGUAUGAUAUUAAUUUUUCAAAAGCAGCUGGAUUUAAAGAGUUCAUUAAAAAAUUAAAAGCAUUCCCAGUCUUUAUGACGUACCACCUUUCUGUGGGGUUAUAUCGAAAAGACAAAACAAAGGAGUCCAAGGGGGCCAUUCUGUCUCUUAUGUUUCUCCUCCCAUAGAUCCAUUGAAUUCUUUUUUCUACACAAAAAGUUUUUACGCUGAGCAGAUGCACUGUCAUGAUUGUGGUUGUGCAAUUCUGAUAUCCUCUAAACUGGUAAGAGUUCAUAAAACAGGAAAAAGUAAACUCUCAGUCGGAAGCACAGCCUGUUCCUCCCAUUUUUUUUUUUUUUUUUUGCAGUAAUAUGUGGAUGUUAUUUUAAACAGUGUGUCUGUGUGUUCCCCAAAUCCAGCUGGCCCACCAGCCCAGGUUCCGUAUUUGCAUAUCAGCCGAUUGAGUGAAAAAGGGUGCAAGGAGAGCUACCUGAGUGUCAAUAGCUUCCGGCUUCCUCAUUUGGAUUCCUGAACAGGAGUUAGGAAUGAUGCUCACUUCUGUCCUGUUCUCUCGCUCCCCAUCCCCCACUGUGAAAAGUAACAGUCCACCCCAAGUCAUACACUGGACCCGGUGCCUGCUGGGACAGGACUGUGGUUUCUUGGUCACACCUGUGUUGGUGUUCAAUGCAGUGUAGACAUGUUUUCAAAUAAAACAGACGAUUGUGUACAA